AUGGAAGUCAGCGUAGCUAGACGUGGAGGAUUGGAUGGGCGGCGUUUUACAAGAUUUUCUGGAAUUGAUAGCAGCGUUAAAGGAAGCCCAGACACCUCUGCUGCCUUCCUCCACCCGCUGCCCAGCCCCCAGAAGGCCGCACGAGGAUUUGGUUGCUCAGUGCGUUUGUUUGAAGCUGCAGCUGGGACCCUCAGCCACCGCCGGGUGGGGAGAGGGUCUGAGCUAACGUUUGGGAACGUGGUAGUAGGGGGACGUGAUGAGGAAAAGCAAUGUAGGACAGGAAAAGAGAGGCAAGUCACGAGCUUUACGCCAAACAACCAAACAGCGUAUGGGGAGGGGUGGCCGGCCGCAGGGAUUCAGGGGAGUAUGGAAGACCGUUACGGCCGGUUCAGAAGUCGUUACUUGACAUACCCGGUAUCGCACAACAGAAACACCCAGUUUGGGAUUCCCCUCCCCCAUGACACUGGGGUACAGUAUCUUGAGUUGAGAAAAGAGGAAGGAAGCUCAGAGCAGCAGCAAAUCUCGCAGAACCCUCGCAGCUGCUCAGCCUGCCCGCUCUCCGCAGCGACAGCAACUGGGAAACGCAGCUUGGCUCCGGUGCUUUCGUUAGCUGCCCAUCGUCGAGCCUGCGUCCUCGAAGUCUGGGUUUCUGUGGUGGUGGGUGUCCUUCGGAGACUGUCGGAUUCACGUACGAUGGCGAGGUGGCACAAGACGGACAAGAAGAGUGGCGUGGCUAUAUACAAUUUCAAGGGCACAGGAAUACCACAGCUACCUCUACAGAUCGGUGAUGUGGUCCAUAUCUUGGAGUCCUGCGAAGAUUGGUACAAGGGCUAUCUGGUCAGACAUAAAGGAUCAGAGGGAAUAUUUCCUAAAUCUUUCAUCUACAUCAAGGAAGUUACUGUUGAAAAGAAAAGACAUACAGAAAACAUAAUACCUGCUGAAAUUCCUUUAGUUCAAGAAGUUACCACUACUCUUUGGGAAUGGGGAAGCAUCUGGAAACAGCUCUAUGUGCAACUGGUAGUCAUGGUGGUCUUUUGCAUACGCUUGCAAAUAAGAAAGAGCACUAUGAUGUAUGACUUAAUGGAGUGGCGGUCACAGCUUCUGUCCGGGACUUUGCCAAAGGAUGAGCUUAAAGAACUGAAACAGAAAGUCACUUCCAAAAUUGACUAUGGUAACAAAGUACUUGAGCUAGACCUAAUAGUUAGAGAUGAAGAUGGAAAUAUCUUGGAUCCAGAUAAAACCAGUGUCAUCAGUCUAUUUCAUGCACAUGAAGAAGCAACUAAUAAAAUCACUGAGCGAAUUAAGGAGGAAAUGUCAAAGGAUCAACCAGAUUAUGCAUCGUACUCCCGAAUGUCUUCAUCCCCCACCCACAGCCUGUACGUCUUUGUGCGGAAUUUUGUGUGCCGAAUUGGAGAGGAUGCAGAACUUUUCAUGUCACUAUACGAUCCACAGAAAUCAACAAUUAUAAGUGAGAACUACCUGGUGAGAUGGGGGAGUAAAGGCUUUCCAAAGGAAAUUGAUAUGCUCAACAAUCUUAAAGUAGUGUUCACAGAUCUUGGAAAUAAAGACCUUGGCAGAGACAAAAUCUAUUUAGUUUGUCAAAUAGUGCGAGUUGGAAGGAUGGAUCUCAAAGACAGUAACUCAAAGAAAUACACUCAAGGACUAAGGCGGCCUUUUGGAGUGGCAGUUAUGGAUAUUACAGAUAUCAUAAAAGGAAAAGCUGAAAGUGAUGAAGAAAAGCAGCAUUUCAUUCCCUUUCACCCGGUAGCAGCAGAUAAUGACUUUUUACACAGCCUCCUAAGCAAAGUCACUGCAUCAAAAGGAGACAGUGGUGGACAAGGUCUCUGGGUAACUGUGAAAAUGCUUGUUGGAGAUGUGAUUCAAACUAGGAAGGACUAUCCACAUCUUGUAGACAGAACCACAGUUGUUGCUAGAAAGCUAGGAUUUCCUGAAAUAAUCAUGCCAGGAGAUAUAAGAAAUGACAUUUAUAUUACAUUGAUGUAUGGAGAUUUUGAUAAAUACAAUAAAACAACUCAGAGAAAUGUGGAAGUGAUAAUGUGUGUCUGUGAUGAAGAAGGAAAAGUGAUGCCU